AUGACUUCGGCACUUGUCUUCAUCCUUGACUCAGAAUCACCAAGUUUUCGAAAUUCCCAACUGGUAGCGAUGCCGUCUUACACAGGAAAAGCCAGGAAAAACGUUCGGAUCGACCUACUCCCACCCGAUCGUCGACUGGCAUCAAAAGAUUGCCGCUGCUGCAUUAAGCGCCGCAUCAGGUGCGAUCGGACGAUCCCUCAAUGCCAAAAAUGCCAUAUUCGUGGACUUUGCUGUCCUGGCUUUCCUGUUCUUCAUCUGAGAUGGGAUCAAGGCGUUGCUAGUCGUGGACACCUGACAGGCAAAAAAGUCCCUAUCUUGAGGGAGCAGCAUGCGACCAAAAAGCAUGAUUCCAACACUUUUGAGUAUUUGGCCUCGUCUGAAACGAGAGGUUCUCUCUCACCAACGAGCCUGGACUUGGUGAACCAACAACUCUCGAGUUCACUGUCCGAAAAAUUACUCCAACACUUCUUGUCGAAUGUCGCAGUUCGAUUGACAUGGCUCGAUGGUCCGGGGAAUCCAUGGAGAAGUCUUGUUUUUCCUUUAGCAAGUCGAUCAUCGUGUCUUCGUCUUUCGAUACUCGGUCUUUCCGCUGCCCAUUUCUCUGCCAUAGCCACCGAGCAUGAUCAAUCAAGCAUGAUGGAAGUCAACACCCGGAUUAGAAACCAAACCCUCAAAGUUCUGAGCGAGAAGAUGCGAUUUGAGCUCCACAAGACUUCGUUUGACACGACACCCGGAGACUCCUCUCUAAUCGAGACCCUCGCCUCGAUGGUCGUCCUUUGUUAUGGAGAGAUGCACAUCCCCGGAUCAACAGAUUGGAAACUACACCUCCGCGCCUGUCGUGCUAUUAUUGAAAGACACGAUCUGCAAAGGCUAUACCAAAAAUCCCAAAAUAAUAUUCUCAAGUUCUUCAUCAAGGAAGUCGUCGACCUAGAGACGUUUGGCAACGUUUCGGUUUUUGCAACGGACCUCACCACAAGAGAGUACAUGUCCGAGUCCCCGACAUCUAACGAUCAACCCUGGACCUUCACGGCCCUUAUCAAUGACAUUACCGUGGCCGAAAGGUCACAGCACGAUAGCCACAGUGCUCUCUGUACCCCUGUCUUGAAGAAUGUAGACAUGCGGUACUGGUACGUCAAAACACUAAGCGCAUACGACAAAGCCACAUCUAUGAACACACUCCUAGCCACAGACAAUAAAUCCACGGUGACACCCUUCCACGCCAUCAUCGAAGCACAUUACCACGCAUGUCUACUUUACAGCUACCAAGCCAUGAUGCCGCAGGCGAGAGAAUCCGGAGAACUACAAUCAAUCUUCAAUUCUCUAUGGCAAAUCGUCGGAUCGCUAGCUACUAGUCCAUCUCUCCAAUUUGCCCACGACAUCUUUUUUCCUCUCUUCAUUACUGGGACGGAGUGUCAGACACGAGAUCAGCGCUCCCAGAUCGAGGCGCUAUUCAUGCAAUCGAUAUCUGAGACUGGUUUCUGGUGUAAUUAUUCGGUCCUGCAAUUUCUUCGUCUGUUGUGGUUCCAGACCGACGGGGAAAGGGAGAAGAACUGGAUUCAAUUCGCCAGGCUAAAUAAAGCAAGGAUUAGCACCUUCUGUGUUUUCUAG